CAAAGCAACGUUUGCCAACACUGAUCCUUGUUUUGGAAAUGCAACCACAAUUAAAUUGGCCACUUGUUUACCUCAAAUAAUGUACACAUCCACAAUUAAAUGACGUGAUGGACCAGAAAGGCGCAUCGGGAAGUCGUUCGAACCGGCUAGUCACCUUAGCGCAGCAGGCCGCGGAGAAAAGUCGGCGAAGUAACAUUAUCGAGGACAUGGCCAAAAUAUGCGAAGCCGAUCGCCAGACUAGCUCCUUCGUUGAAAGGACUCAGGGUAUCAAGCGGCCUUCGGUUGACAACAGUGUCUUCGUCGCCGUGGAGGACCUCAUUCUGGCCAGCGCUGAGCCAACGCCUGAGGAGCGGGUUAGGAUGAUCAUGCUGGAUUUUUGCUCGUCUCCAACUUACACAGAGGAUGAGGAUGAGCCUAACUAUGAGUCGGAGCCGUGGUUUCGAUUUCGCAGGAAAAGGAUCAAAACUUACGGUCGGAAGAGGGAUUCAAAAGGCCAUAUGGUCAUGCAGAACGAGGAGCCCAGUAGUUCCACGGACCUCUCUGUGCAGAACGAGGAGCCCAGUAGUUCCUCGGACCUCUCUGUGCAGAGGGAUCCCAAUACUUCGUCGACCUCUGUGGCUUGUGACUUCGAUGCUGCGGCAUCGCAGAGGAUACACGAGGUCCUGUUAAACCUAAGUCAAUAUUUUUCGGGGAGCGGGACCGAUUCCAGUCCCACUCCUUCCGCUCCAUCGAAAAUAGAUCUGCCAAAUUCAAAUUUGGAAGAUGAGUGUUUGAACACUGAAGUGAUGAACUUGAGAGACGACCUGUUGGAGAACGGAUUUACUUUCGAGACCUCUAUUUGUGACAAUGAGCAGGAAGGAACUCUGGCAGACACUCUCUUUGGCGAUAGCAGGCAGGCGAUCUCCAUUACGCACCCUCAAUUGGAAAGAGGAGAAUGUAAAGAUUGGUCUGAUGCAGACUCAACACUGCAAAAGUCUGAAAAGAUGUCAUCAGAUGACGAAACUGCUGAACAUAAAAACAUGUUGAUGAAACAAAUGAAAGCAGAACAUCCUGUAGAUGAGAAAACGAACCUAAUAUUGGAAGGCAUCCCAAUGAGCGAGUGGCAAACUCCAAUGGAACUGCCCACGAAGUCCAAAGAGGUAAUCAAACAUAUACCCGAAGAAGAGGUAAAGUUGGAGCCGAGUUCUCAGAAAGAACAUGAACGUAGCAAAAAUUCAAAAGAAUCAAAGUUUAGAGCACUCUCUAACAAAGAAAGUGAUAUUGCCAAGGAAAAGGGAGGUGCUAUGGUCGUAGACAAGUCUAAACAGCAUGAUAACCUACUACACGAUGGCGAUCUUCUUCAGGAGUUUCUCUUUAAUGAAUGGCACCCAAUAAAUUGUUCUGAUGGCCCAUCAACAUCUAACGCAAUUAAAGUGCCUAAGAAAAAGAUCAAUUUAAUUAAGCCUGACGUCGAGCAACCUGAGAAAAAGACACCCAAUAAAAGUCAGUCCAUAGGAGGUCAUCAAAUUGUUGGCUUUCGAAAAACGCCCUACAAAUUUAUUCAGGUUUCGGAAGAAAUGAAAAUAAGAGGCGAAAAGUUUGUAGCCCAAGUUGUAUCCGACUUAUAUCAGUCUAGUCAAAAGUGCAACUCAGUCAGUGAGGAAUGCUCCGCUUAUCAUAGUCAAGUGAUGGCAUCAAUAGAGUGUGAGAGAUUCAAAACGGCCUUAAGUAAACCCAUCGAAACAUUGGAUGUUACUAACAAGAAAGCAAAGCUUGAGGUUAGGGAAAUAAAUGCCAAAUGCAGUCCUCUAAAAAAUGAGAGCAUAGCAGAGCUCGAGUUUUCUGGCUUCCGUACAGCCUCAAAUAAAGCCAUUGUGAUUUCUGAAAAGAUGAAAAUGAGAACUGCAGAGUUUAUGGCUGAGUUUCAGUCCGCAGAAUCCAAUCAGCAAAAUGCUUAUAAAGUCAAUCAGCCAAAUGACAAAAAAACAAUUGAGAUUUCAGAGGAAAUACCUUCGAAAGCUUCCAAGUUGGUCGUUGAUAAUAAAAUGGAAAAACCACAUGAACCCACAAAUGCCGAGGAUUGCCGUGACUCCAAUGAAUCAACGUUUAUGGGCUUUAGAACAGCGUCAAACAAAGCCAUUGAAGUUACUGAGGCGAUGGAGAAGCGAGGAGCCAUGUUUCUUGCUCAGUCAAAGGCUGCAGACCAACAAGACGCAGAACUUAUUGAGGAGCUCGUUUUUAGUGAAUGGCAGCUAAGCGAUCUAGCUGAUGUUGCAUCCACCUCUAAUAACUCAACGGUAGCUCCAAAAAUUAAUAGCAAUUCAAUAAAUGUUGAAAAAAGCAAUACUGUGGAUACAAAAACUGCAAUUGAGAGCGAGUUUUUUGGCUUUCGCACGGCCUCAAAUAAAGGCAUUGUGAUUUCUGAAAGUACGAAGGCCAAAGCUGCGCAGUUUAUGAGUGAAUUUCAAGCUUUUGGCCCAAGUACUGACUCAAACCAACCAAUUGUGAUCCCUGGGGAAUCGAAAAGGACUGCUGCCAAGUUCGUGGAUGAAGUGGCGGCAGAAGACAGUCCCAACAAAGCACCUUUUUGCGAUGUACAAAGUCAAGGAAAUGCCUCAGGUAUUGAGCACUUCACUCGCGACUCCUCCGUGGAUCGUUCUGCAAAGAAAGAGCAUCCGAGGACGCCCAAGAGGUCGCAGGAGAUCCACUCCUCCCUAUCGCAACUUGCCGGCAUAUCCCCACUGGAUCAGGCCACCAAGAAGUCCGUGAUAGAGCGCCGGAAUAUCCUGACACUGAAAAGAAAACGAAAGAUCACUUCGUCAACGGCAACUUCUGGUACCUGCGCCUCUCCGGCUGUGGAUCGAUUCGCACCCAUGCCGGCUGCGACAAGUACUCCGCUGGCUGCCAGGAAUUCAAAUCUCUCCAAGGACUGUGCAAAGGAUAGGCAGAGUGUGGAGGACAUGUCACCUAUUUGCAUGCAACCGAGAAGGAGUAGAAGACUUGGUUUGAGUGGACGUCGCUCUUAGUUGCUUAAUACCCAAAAGAUUUAAGCCGCUGGUCGAUUUAAAUGGGUAGAUACUUUGUUGAAUUAAUUAUAUUGAACAUAUUGAAUGAGCCACUUAGUCACAAUGCCUUUAUAUAAGUUAUUAC